AUGUCUGAAUAAGAUAAAAAUUUAGAACCUUAGGAAUUUCACCCAGACUAAGAUUAAUAACCUUUAAAACAUGACUAAGACAAUAAUCAAAAUUUAGAUCAGGAUGGAUAGUAGUAAACACAAAAAUACAGUGAAAGUAAUCAAAUGGGUAGUGUGUUAAAUCAAGUUUAUUAUGAGGAAGAUCCUAAAAUGAUGAGAAGAGAUAUAAUAAAAAAAAAAAAGAAACAAUAAAAAGAAUAAAAAUUGAUUUCAGCAAGAAGACUAAAACGAUUAUUGCGUAAGAAACCAGUUGAUAAAGUGAGAUUGGCAUAUUAAGCUUAUUUUUUUAUAGUAAGUCUAACUGUAUUAGCAUUAAGUAUUUUAUCAUAUAGAGAUCAGACAGUAUAUGAAGGAGAUUAUGAACAAUUUUUGGAUAACAUGGGUUCUUAUGUAAUAGAUGAUAUUCAAUAUACUUAUACAAAUAAAAAUUGUAAGACUUAAUUUGGAAGUGAAGUAAUAAUAAUUUCAAAAAAUUUAGUAUUCUUCUUUAUAUGAAUAUUAUUGGCCUGGGACAAUGAUCGGAUGUGAUUGUAGCUAGGGAUUUAAUUUUAAUUCAUUAAAGGAUUAAAACAUAGAAAAUAUAGAGGGCUUCUUUAAAUAAUCUUUUAUGCUUGGCAGAGUUUGUAGUUAGGAUAUGACAACAAAAAAUUGUGAAACAGUAGAUGAACAAUAACCCAAGACCUUUAACUCAUGGAACGACGGUUCUUAUGGAAGACGUAAGUGAAACAUUUUUAUUUUAGCUUUUGUUUUAUGCGCUAGAAGAAAAACAGGAAUAAGUUUAUAAACAAAUUAAAGUUAUUGUGAAUCAGAAAAUAAAACCAUAUGUGGAACAGGAGACAAUAAAUUUUGUGUUCCAUCUGACAUGAGUUGUCCAAUCUCCGAUAUUGGGUUUACAACUAAUUCUAAUUACUAAAAUUUAUCAAAAUUAAAUGAUACUAAUCAUGGAUAUAUUUAUGAUUUAGGAAAAGGGUUUUAUUUUUAUUACUUAAAGAAUACAUCAAACUUGCCUCUUAUAGAAUUUAGAGUUACCGAAAGUGAUAAGGUGUGUAGAAGGAAUUUAAAUUAGAACAUUUCUCCAAACAGAAUUGAUUAUCCUCUUAUGACAGAUAGAAGAAAAUAAUGUGAAAAUACAGAUCCCUUAUUUAAAUUAAUUCAUUCAAUAGAUGAAGAAUAAUUUUAUUUAUCCAAUAAUGUAAUUUAUUUAAAGGAAAAAUUACCGUAUUUUAACAUAGAUACAAGAUAUAAUUGGACUAUGCAUUCUAAAACUUAUAUUCCUUGGGCUCCAAAUUGCAGAGGGUAGAUAUUUGAUGAUGUAAUUCAUGAGGGAAGUACAUUAUCAUUUGUAUAUAUAUCUUUGAGAGUUUAAUUGGGUGUCACAAUAACAUAUUUUAUUGUUAUUGGUCUUAUAUUUAAUAUAGUUGGAACUAUGACUGCUUGCAAUUUUGUUUGGUCUUGUAUGGCAAGUAAUAAGAAUUAUACAUUAUUUAGCUCGUCCUGAUUCUUAAUAUAAUUAUAUAUUUUUCAUUGAAAUUGGCUUUAAGAUAGCCUUGUAAAUAGCAGAAAUCAUUGUUAUUUGUGUUUCAUUUGCUAUAAUUGAUACCAAAAGACUUGUAAUUAAAGAUGUCAAUGAUAAUAAUUGUGUUUCAGAUCCUGUAAGCGAUUACUUCUUCACCAAUCUAGAAAAUGAUUUAACAAGAUUUGCUUGGUCAUAUAACCUAGCUAAUUUAGUCAUUUUUGCUGUUACAUUAAUUUUAGAUUUAAUAAUAAUAAAACACUCUUUAAAUCAAGGUCAUCAUCAUGGAGCUAAAAAGCAUCAUGAGAAAGGAGAACAUUAAGAAUUAGAAAUAGGAUCAAACGGAGAAUCAGUAAAUUAGUAAGAUGUUAAAAGUGAUCAAAAGUUAUAAGUUAAAAGUGAUAUAUUAUAGUCUCCAAAAUGA